GUGGCGCUUUGAGCCAGUGGCCGUUUUUCCAAUAGACCUUAAAGCAGCAUCACGACUGGCUGCGUGAGGUGUGUUUGGCCGGGCAAGGACACUUACAGGGUUGGAAUGACAUUUGUUAGAUGAGGUAGAGGGCCUCUGGAGUAGUUGGGAAUCUUCCAGUCGUAAAGUCUUUGUGCUGUUGUCUGUGCUGUGGGUGAUGGUCAUCGGGUGACCGGGGUUGCCCUGACCCUGUGGUGAAUGUCUGUGAGCAGAGGAGGCGUGGCCUUCUGGGUGGGUUGUAUCCGCAGCCACGGGAGAAGGCAGCCCAUCCAAAAAUGGAGCUGGAGUGUCAGACAGGUGGUGGAUUGCCAGACCCGCCCCCUGAGCAGUGCAGCAUGGGCCCUGGCCCCACCCAACAGCCUGAGAUAUCAGAACUUUAGGCAGCCGGUGCUGUCUAACCCAAUACAUCAUGCGAGCCAGCCUCAAAUGCUGCGCUACGGCGAGGAGGAUUGGGAGGACUCUCUCAGUGUUUGUGUGCUGGUGCGACAGGGCGAGUCACAUGGCCUCCACACCCUUCUGGAGAUCCCUCUGUUUGGUCACAACAAAAUGGGAAGGCCCCUCACGUCUUCAGAGUUCUUGUUUCCACUGACCACAGUGGAUGGUAGCAGAGAGGAUGACAUUAACGUAGUGACCUUCAAACGUAGCGACACUGAUGCUGUAAAGAGAGAACACGGCUGCUUCAGAAGCCUGUUUGAAACUGAGGGAUGUCCUGCACCAUUCAUGUCUGGCUCCAAGUUUUACUGCUUUCAUUGCCCUGGCACACACUUGGUGCCUAACAGUGUGCUAAAAUACAGCCAGGACAGCGGACUUGACAAGAAGGCGGUGGAGCUGCCCUCUGUAUCGCUGUGUAGCCAUACAGGCAGAGCAGAGGGGGAGCAUAUUGAGAGCGACAGGGAAGGAGAGGAAAAACUGGCCCUGGUGUAUGAAAGGCUGAGGAUAGAGCUUCCAAGAUUCUUUAUGACAAACCACGACUACUCCAUGUACUCAAACGAUGUGGAAUUCAUCAACGGCCUCAUAAAUAUCAAGACCAGAGGCCGUGUGAUGUACCGGCUCACGCUCUCGCUGUGGCGCCUGCUGUGUCUGUGCUACUACGCUGAAGCUCGACUGGAUGUACUGAAGCUUACCAAACACAUAGAGGACGGGACCAUUAAGGCUCGCUGGAGGAUCAGAGGGCUUCCUUUCCACUCUCUGCUGCUGCGCUUCUAUCGCAAAGACAAAUCGCACCUGUACAGGUCCUAUGAUGCGUUCUCUACAUUCUACAUGGGACAUGAUGGAUUUAUUCACUGUCACAAAGUUGAGAAGGUGAUGCCAGCUCAGCCCCCCGUCCUGCCCAGAGUAACUUCCCUCUUGACCGGGGUUCUGGUGGCACUGGGAGUGCAGGAACACCGACCUGCUCUCAAUUUGUUACCCCUGCUUCUGUCAUCACUGCGACAGAGCAGAAACUGACCCAGAACAAGCAUUAGUGGAAAACCAGUGUCUCUAUAGCCAUGUGACCCUGAAAAGCUAAAGUGGUCUUCACAUAGGAACACAUGAAAACUGAAAGUUAUGCUUGCUGUUCAAAAAUAUUCUUGUCCCUGAAUUAAAACAACAUCAAGUCUUU